GCUUUCUCACCCAAUUCUUUUUUAAACCCGCCUCGAUUCGCGACUUCUCUGGGGUGCUUGUCGGGUCUCUCUCAAAAAAAAAAAACACUUUGGUUCCUUCAUCGCUCUCGUUGCUUGGUCGGUCUGGCCGACAACCUCUCAGGACCCGCCAGACUCACCACCGUCAAGAAAGAACCUGCCUUCUAACCCGAGCGAAGCUCUUCUACGAGACACUUGGCAGACCAGGAAUUCGUUUCAAUACCCAAUGGCUUCUCCGCAACAGGUUUAUCUGUUGCCUCUGAAGGACGAUGGGUCUCCGGAUGUUCCAGGAGGGUAUCUCUACCUUCCUCCUCCCUCCGACCCGCCCUAUCUCCUUCGUUUCGUCAUAGAAGGGAGCAGUUCAAUCUGCAGGGACGGGCAUCUGUGGGUCAACAUCCCCAAAGAGGGAAAGCCUUUUGAUCGGUCCGCCUUUGAAAGCUUUAGUUUAUCCCCGGACUUCAACAAGAACAUCCAGAUUGAUGUCCCCAUCAUCUCUCCGGGAUCCUUCGCCUUCUAUGUGACGUUCUCCCCACUUCCCGCGUUCUCAAUACUAUCGGUUCCUACGCCAGAGCCGACAAGGACUCCGACGCAUUACAUCGACGUCGCACCGCGGUUGACUCUUCGUGGUCGGGACCUGCCACUUAAUGCACUGUCAAUCUUCUCGAUUAUCUCUAAAUUUAUGGGUCAAUAUCCGACGGACUGGGAUAAACAUCUUAAUGGCAUUAGCCAGCGCAACUAUAACAUGGUUCACUUCACGCCCUUGAUGAAACGUGGUGCUUCCAACUCGCCCUACAGUAUCUUUGACCAGCUUCAAUUUGACGAUGCUGCGUUUCCCAACGGCGAAGAGGAUGUAGCUAGCUUGAUCGCAAAGAUGGAGAAUGAAUAUGGUCUCCUAUCGCUUACGGAUGUUGUGUGGAACCACACUGCUCACAAUAGCAAGUGGCUCGAAGAGCACCCGGAGGCUGGCUAUAGUGUUGAGACUGCUCCAUGGCUCGAGGCAGCGCUCGAGCUGGACACAGCGUUACUGAAGUUUGGACGGGAUCUUCAAACACUAGGCCUACCCACUGAAUUCAAAACGGUCGACGACUUGGUCACUGUGAUGGGCGCUAUGCGAGAACAGACUAUUGCUGGUAUCAGACUGUGGGAGUUCUAUGUUGUCGAUGUGAGAGCCGACACACAGAAAAUAAUCGACCAGUGGAAAACGUCGGAUGCUGCAGACCUCACAAGCGAUCAAUGGUCACAGUUUCGUCUCCAAGAUUACAAAAAUUGGCCUUUAAAGCAACAAGCGGCAUUCCUCCGCGACCAAGCCAUUCCAACAUCAAAGCAAGUGUUGGGCAGGUUCAGUAGAGCGAUUGACCCCCAAUUCGGUGCAGCCGUCCUGACUGCACUUUUGGGACCCUACGGUUCUCCCUCUGACACAACUGCAGCCGAACAGUCUAUAUCAAAAAUCCUGGACGAGGUUAAUCUUCCGUUCUACAAAGAAUAUGAUGCGGACGUUUCAGAAAUCAUAGAUCAGGUUUUCAAUCGGAUCAAAUACCUUCGGAUUGACGACCACGGACCCAAGCUCGGACCCAUCACAGAAGAGAGUCCUUUUAUUGAAACAUACUUCACGCGGCUCCCUCUAAAUGAUGUCACCAAAAAGCACGACAAAAAAGCCCUAGCACUAGUCAACAAUGGCUGGAUCUGGAAUGCUGAUGCCCUGCGUGACAAUGCUGGCCCUGAAUCCAGGGCCUAUCUACGUCGUGAGGUAAUUGUCUGGGGUGACUGCGUAAAGCUGCGGUACGGUACCUGCUGCGACGACAACCCAUUUCUGUGGGAAUUUAUGACCAGCUAUACUAAACUCAUGGCCAAAUACUUCUCCGGUUUCCGCAUCGAUAAUUGCCACUCGACACCAUUGGUAGUUGCCGAAUACUUGUUAGACGAGGCGCGAAAAGUUCGACCCAACCUCACUGUUUUCGCGGAGCUCUUCACUGGCUCCGAGGAGGCUGACUACAUUUUCGUUAAACGUCUUGGUAUCAAUGCACUUAUUCGUGAAGCCAUGCAAGCCUGGAGUACUGGAGAGCUGAGCCGUCUCGUUCAUCGUCACGGAGGCCGUCCUAUUGGCAGUUUUGAUCUUGACUUGCCUUCGUCGGGUAGUAGCCAUGCGAUAGCCUCUUCUGGUAUUGACUCCGGCAAAGAAAAGGUUUCUCACAUUCGUCCUACUCCAGUCCAGGCGUUGUUCAUGGAUUGUACUCAUGACAAUGAAAUGCCAGCCCAAAAGAGGACCGCACAAGACACGCUGCCCAAUGCCGCUCUGGUGGCCAUGUGCGCUUCAGCUGUCGGGAGUGUUAUCGGCUAUGAUGAAAUAUACCCUAAACUUGUUGACCUUGUUCAUGAGCAGCGGUUGUAUUUCUCAAACUUUUCCGAAUCCUCUACUGUUGGAUUACACACGCUGGAGGGAGGGAUAGGCGGCAUCAAAAAACUACUAAAUGAACUUCAUACCAUGAUGGGUGUUGAAGGAUACGAUGAGACCCACAUUCACCACGACGGGGAGUAUAUCACUGUCCACAGAGUACAUCCGAGAACACGAAAAGGGGUUUUUCUGAUAGCACACACAUCAUUUCCCGGACAUGAUAGCAAAGCUUUGUUAGCACCUACUCAACUCGUUGGUACGCGUGCCAGGCACAUCGGAACCUGGCUUUUGGAGGUUGAUGCAAGUGAAGCCACGAAAGACCAAGUACUAGCGGACAAGUCCUCCCUACGUGGACUUCCAAGCAGGGUCCACGCCAUUGAAGGUACAAAUAUCGAGCAGAGUGGCAAUGAUACCAUUAUCUCUGUUACGGAAGCAUUAGUCGCCGGGUCUAUUGCUUUGUUUGAAACCUCCAUGCCAAGCGCCGAGCAUGCAACUGGACUCGACGAUCAUAUCACCCAAGGAGUUGACGAUGCCUUCUCAAGCCUGAGCUUGAUUGAUUUGAACUUUGUACUUUACCGUUGCGAAGCAGAAGAAAGAGACUCGAGUAACGGCCAGGACGGGGUUUACAACAUCCCCAACCAUGGUCCGUUGGUUUAUGCCGGUCUCCAAGGGUGGUGGAGCGUGCUGGAGAACAUCAUCAAGUACAACCAACUAGGACAUCCACUGUGCGAGCAUUUGCGGAACGGCCAGUGGGCACUAGACUUCAUUCUUGGACGCCUAGAAAAGUUGGGACAACGAGAAGGGCAAACUGCUGUGGGCACUUCAGCUACAUGGCUACGGGAGAAAUUCCAAGCAGUCCGCGACCUGCCGAGCUUUCUUUUGCCACGCUAUUUUGCUAUCAUUCUUCAGGUUGCUUAUAAUUCUGCCUGGAAACGAGGGGUCCAACUUUUGGGACCCCAUAUACAGAAAGGCCAAGAAUUUAUUCACCAACUUGGAAUGGUCAGUGUUCAACAGACCGGAUACGUGAAUUCCGCGUCUCUAUGGCCUACGAAGAAAGUACCAAGUCUUGCUGCUGGCCUGCCGCACUUUGCGACCGACUGGGCGAGAUGCUGGGGUCGGGACGUUUUCAUUUCGCUCAGGGGCCUUCUGCUGUGUACAGGCCGAUUCGAUGAUGCAAAGGAACAUAUAAGUGCCUUCGCCAGUGUUCUCAAACACGGCAUGAUCCCGAAUCUCCUGGGCAGCGGAAAACUCCCGCGCUACAAUUCUCGGGAUUCUGUAUGGUUUUUGUUGCAAUCUAUCCAGGAUUACACCGUGAUGGCCCCGGAUGGUAUUGAACUUCUCAAACAACAGGUCCCGAGACGGUUUCUCCCCUACGACGAUACAUGGUUCCCGUUCGAUGACCCAAGAGCUUACUCACAAUAUUCAACGAUUUCCGAGAUAAUCCAAGAGGUAUUCCAACGACAUGCUCAGGGGCUGUCCUUCAGAGAGUAUAAUGCGGGAACCGAUCUUGACAUGCAAAUGAAGCCGGAGGGUUUCCAAAUUGAUGUCAAAGUUGAUUGGGACACCGGAUUCAUCUUCGGUGGCAGUCAGUCCAAUUGCGGGACAUGGCAAGACAAAAUGGGCGAAAGUCCUAAAGCCGGAAAUAAAGGCGUGCCUGGGACACCGCGAGAUGGAGCUGCCAUCGAGAUUACUGGGCUUCUCUAUAGUGCCCUGGUCUGGGUUGCAAAUCUACAUGAAGACGGGCUUUACAUACAUGACGGAGUCGAAAUUGGAGGCGGAGAAUCGAUCACGUUCAAGGACUGGGCGGCAAAGAUAAAGGAAAACUUCGAGCGCUGCUACCAUGUUCCUACGCAUCCGAAUGAGGACGCUCAACAUGAUGUAGAUGCCAGCAUUGUGAACAGACGAGGGAUCUACAAGGAUCUCUACAAGUCCGGCAAACCGUACGAAGACUACCAGCUUCGGUCCAAUUUCCCCAUCGCCAUGACUGUCUCGCCCGGCCUAUUUACCGCAUCCAAAGCCCUCGCAGCCCUUGCUCUUGCAGACGAAGUUUUAGCUGGUCCGGUCGGCAUGGCUACCCUUGACCCAUCCGACCUUAAUUACCGCCCUGAUUACAACAACUCGGAAGAUUCAACCGAUUUCGCAACUUCCAAAGGCAGAAACUACCACCAGGGCCCUGAGUGGGUUUGGCAGCGUGGAUACUUCCUUCGCGCAUUCCUGCACUUCGAUCUCGCUCGCAGGACAACACCGGCAGAACGAACAGAGGCUUACCAGCAAGUGACUCGGCGUUUGGAAGGUUGCAAACGGGCCCUGAGGGAAAGUCCCUGGAAGGGUCUUACAGAGCUAACAAAUAAGAGCGGUGCAUACUGUGCAGACUCCUCGCCUACACAAGCAUGGUCCGCGGGAUGUUUGCUCGACUUGUAUUACGACGCAUCAAAGCAUUCCCAGGAGUAAGAUAUGGCGUUCAUUGGGAUACAUAGGGCUCCUACCAGACGGAACAACAUGCACAUUGGGCAUUGUCAUGAUCGAUGCGGUGUACACGCCCUGGCUAGCAUACACUUUAGAUACAUACUAAUAAUGGAACUGUUUCAUAUUCUCUGCG